AUGAUGAGGCAUUUGGAUCUAGCAACAGGCACGGCAGAUGAAGAGAUAAACGAAGGAGCAGAAGAGUCUGCAGUGAAGCUUGAUCUCCAGGAGAUCGGUAAAGUUGCCAAGCAACACGUGCUGACCCAGUGUGACAAGCUGCGAAAUGAUCUGUGGAGGUGCACGCUCCCGUUUACCCCAGUGAAGCAAGUCAGGCGAGACCCAUACCUGUUUGUACAGAUACGUGCCCUGAAAGCAAACGCUCCCGGACUGGAGCGUGUCUACCCGGUGCCGUUGCUUGUGCAGCUGAUGGCUCCCGUUGUCCUCGGCUCAGGACCACCAGGACAGUGUCGGCAUCUGGCCGGCUCAGCUCCAGGUCUGUGUGUAUUUAGCCAUGAGGAACUCAAAAACGUGAAUGGUCCUAAAUCCACGCACGUACCCGGCUCCCUCGCCGAGGUGAGGUUUUUUCGGCCGCCGCAUGAGUACGGAUUUCGCCGGCGAUUGCCGCCCGCGCCGGCAUGGGUGCUGCUGCUCAGCCUGCUGGCCGGCUGCCUGCCCGCCGUGCAGCCCAGGGACUUCACCGUGAAGGACAUCAUCUACCUCCACCCUUCCACCACACCGUAUCCUCACGGAUUUAAAUGUUUCACCUGCGAAAAGGCAGCAGACAAUUACGAAUGCAACCGAUGGGCUCCGGAUGUCUAUUGCCCAAGAGGUACAAGAUACUGCUUUAGCCAACACAUGAUGAAAGUUACUGGAGAAAGUGUAUCCGUCACCAAACGCUGUGUACCAUUAGAGGACUGUCUGUCUACGGGAUGCACCUAUGUAAAGCAUGAAGAAUACAAGAUCUGCACCUCCUGCUGCGAAGGAAGCAUCUGCAACUUGCCGCUACCAAGGAACACAACAGACGCCGUAUUUACAACCCUCUCCCCCCUCAACAAAACACAGAGACUUUCACAUCCCGUCCUGCUGACAACGGCGUGUCUCUGGUUGGGGUUGAUGUCACAGCACUGGGUCACGCUGCCACGCGUGGACCACCGCAUGGAAGGUGCCGGUGCCUGCAGUGAGGUGACAUGGGCUCCAGUGCUAGCUGGCUCGUCGGGUGCAUUAGCAGACAGGGUCUUCACGCUGUGUUUGGGUGCACCUCAGGCAGACCAGAAACCUUUUUGGGUACCCGGUAGCGCGCUCUACCCACGAAGACUGGGAUGCCACCGGUCAAAUUUCGUUAUCGGCGUUGAGGCGGCACGGCCUUCGCCUGCUUUCUCGGGCAAAUCAUCAAGCAGCCCAGCACAGCUUUCAGCAACCCAGUUCGUGCAAAACCCACCCAGCACCAAGGCAGCCAAAGCGAUGCCGAACCUCUUGACUGCAGUAGCUGUAAUCCCUAAUACUUUUUUUUUGAGACACGAGAACCUCUUCUCCAUUGCCAGCCCAAAUCCAGCACAGUCCCGCAAAAAAAACUGGCUGGGCAAAGCUUUUGAGAACAUUUUUUACCCCCCUAAAGAGGCUCAAGCAACCAGCAAAGGCUAUGCCCCAAGUGUCUCACUAACGCCUGGAGGGUCCCGUAUAUUCCCGGUCAAGGCUGGCGAGAGAACUUUGCAUCACGACUUGCUCUUUCCACCAAGAAACGGCCAACAGGUUGGGACUCCGACUCUGGUGUAUGGUUUCACCAUACCUAUACGUAGGGAGUGGGAAAGGAAAUGGAAAACGUACUUAAAAUAUGUCUAUUACGGAAUCGACGGCAAGCGUAAAGUUAACUCUCGUGAUCUGAAGGCGCAAACCUUGAAAAUGGGAAUGCCCGAAGCGGCAUCAGUUCAGAAUUAA